GUCCUCGAGGUGGGGCUAUCGGCCUUUUCAUCUGGUUGCUUUGAGCUGCAGCUGGGAUGGUGGACAGAGCCUGAGGUUUGGAGUCGGAUAGAUCAGAUUUUUGAUUCAGAACUCAGCCAUUUGCCGGUUGCUGUGUGAUCUUAGAUAACUUGCUUAAUUUCUCUGUUUUCUUACCUGUUUGGGCCCCGGGGUGUGUUAAGAGAAGUGUGAUGCAUACCUGUGAUCCCAGCCUGGUAGCUAAGGGAAGAAGAGAGAAAUUUUCUAGUUCAGAGUAAAGCACAGUUCCUGCUGGACUGAGGAGAGCGGAAGGCACAAGGAGACAGCUGACGCCAAGGCUCUGGGUUUGUCCGUCUGUCUCACGAUGCCGAGGCCAAGUUCUGAGAAGGAGAGGGUCCUACCACACAAGCAUCUUGGGGACUUGAGCUGAGCAUCAGCCUUCUAGCCUGCUCGUCUAGCGUGAUGGCCGUGGACAUAGAAUACAGCUACAGCAGUAUGGCCCCCUCUCUGCGCAGGGAGCGCUUCACCUUCAAGAUCUCCCCCAAACUGAGCAAGCCUCUGAGGCCUUGCAUUCAGCUGGGCAGCAAGGAUGAAGCCAGCGGGAUGGUGGCCCCCACGGUGCAGGAGAAGAAGGUGAAGAAGCGGGUGUCCUUCGCCGACAACCAGGGGCUGGCCCUGACAAUGGUCAAAGUGUUCUCGGAAUUCGAUGACCCGCUAGAUAUUCCGUUUAACAUCACGGAGCUGCUAGACAACAUCGUGAGUCUGACGACAGCAGAGAGUGAGAGCUUUGUUUUGGAUUUCCCGCAGCCUUCUGCGGAUUACUUAGACUUCAGAAACCGACUUCAGAACAACCAUGUCUGCCUCGAAAACUGCGUGCUGAAGGACAAAGCCAUCGCCGGCACCGUCAAGGUCCAGAACCUGGCAUUCGAGAAGGUUGUGAAGAUCAGAAUGACAUUUGACACCUGGAAGAGCUUCACAGACUUCCCUUGUCAGUACGUGAAGGACACUUACGCUGGUUCAGACAGGGACACGUUCUCCUUUGACAUCAGCCUACCUGAGAAAAUUCAGUCUUAUGAGAGAAUGGAGUUUGCCGUGUGUUAUGAAUGCAACGGCCAGGCGUACUGGGACAGCAACAAAGGCAAAAACUACAGGAUCAUACGGGCCGAGCUCCGAGCCACUCAGGGAGCGAUCGAGCCGUACAAGGGACCGGAUUUUGGCAUAUCCUUUGACCAGUUUGGAAGCCCUCGGUGUUCCUUUGGGCUGUUUCCAGAGUGGCCUAGUUAUCUGGGCUAUGAGAAGCUAGGGCCCUACUACUAAUGACUACAGCGGAUAGUCUGUGGCUCUGGAUCAAGACGGAGGAGAGAAUGCAAGACAAGAGUGAGGAUGAACUGCCAUUAGGCACGGUCUUUGAAAAGAUAGGCUCCUUGUUCACCUUUUUCUUAAACCAGAGAGUCCGGGGUGUUUCCAUAGCGGUUGGUUUCUUGCCCGGAGGAGAGGAGGUGUGCUGAUCCCCUGCGGCAUCCGGGUUGGCCACAAGGGAAUGCGCAGGAUGGUGCCAGAAGGGUCUGGAGAGGAGCCAAGCUGGCAAGAAAGGAGGAAGCCGGCCUCUCCUCCACACUCGGAAAGUCAGUCACCUAGAAGCCAGUCUCCAGUCUCUUCCAGCCUUAACACUGACCUUGGGGUCCCGCCCCGCCCACGCGUUUCCAUGUGUUGCCCUCAUUCCGCCUGUACUCGGAGCCCCCUUGAUCUCAGCUCUGUGGCACACUGGCCUGAUCCCCCGCCGCCUCAGAGGAGGGAUUGGGCAGCCCAUUUCUGUUCUACAUCCCCCUCCCCGCCCCAGUCCAGCCAGUGAUCUGGACAAGAUAACAGAAGCUUAAGUAGCUUGUGGACGGGAUAGGCAUUUCCUCUCCCCUCUUUCUGACCCCUACUUUAUAUUCCAGCAGAGACCAACAUACCAGUUACUGGAAACGUAUUGGUCUCCGCGUGGGGUCACGGGGUACAGCACUGUGACAAGGCAGGACAGUCAUAACUUCCAGCUUUUCCUCUUGGAUUUUGGGGGCACUUUUCAAGCACUCAGUUUCACCCCAAGUUACCAGGAAACUCGACGACAAGAUCCGUUUUCACUGCCAGGCUGCUGUGUGAGCUGAUUCUGUUAGGGGAGAAUCAUAACUCUCCCCUCCUGGAGAGUCCACUUCAAUGCUGAGUCUGAGACUUUCAAAUAGCAUGUCUGGUAUAGCCUCGAAGCCUCCAGAAAAUGCUUAGGUUUGUCUGCAGUAUACAGUCAUAUUCAGGAUGCUUUGCAAACCCCCAACGACACUGACUGGGUGUUUUUAUUUAUGGUUUGUAUUGUAAAGGGAUAGGGGGGAAAAAAACCUCACCAGGUUUUGCUAUGUUAUUUUAAAUGUUUGUCAACUCUGCAGCAUGAAUUUUUCUUAACCAUAUUGGACUGCAGUGCAUUAUCAAAUGCUAUUUUGAGACUCCCAGAGCUUUUACUGUUGGGUGGACCCCCAAAACCUGUGAUUUUCUCUUGGGUAAAUUAAAAUUAUAGGGAAGUUUGAGAACUACUUUUUAUAUGCAUAUUUGUAGAAAUUUAGGGGUGUUGUUUUGUUUUGGAAGUUUGGCAAAAGAUGUCUGUUUAAUUUUCUUACUGAAGUGAGGUUCCCCCCCGGAGACAUGAGGGAAUGAAGCACAGAGCUUGGUGGAUUCAGAGUCUGGGGCAGGGGGCUGGAAGUGGCCUACGCUCUCUGGCUUCAUAAGUUUGAAUAAGGCAGGUAGCAAAUGUUUUUGAUCCUAGCAUGUGUUUUGUUUUUUUUUAUCUUAAUUUUUUUCACUUUUGGAGUUUAAGGUGUUUUGACUUUUUAAAUGCUAUUUUGUAUGAUUUUUUUUUUUUUUUAAUUCCUAAGACUGGUACUACUCUGUAAUCUGUGCUUUGUGUUUGGUGCCUCUCCCAGAUGGGGAAUGAGCCAGGCUUGCAUGCUGAUAUCUGCGGGGAAAUCACCUUUGUAAGUUAGGCUGAAAUUGGGCAGGGGUUGUGUUUUCUCUAAGUAUAUCCUGUAUCUGCUUACAGAUGUAUCAUGUAUGGAUGCUCCUUAAAAGUUUCAGAUUCGGUGAUCAGAGCUGCUAGAUCUAAAAUGGAUGGAAGCAAAACUGAUCUCUUGUGGGUCAUGUAUUUUAUCUUGUGUUAAGGAAGGCAGCCAAGGGCACUGUUCCUUACAGACUAUCAGACUAAAGAUCAUUUUACGAAGAAAAGGGCCCCAAGUUAACUACAGAACGAAGUCUGUUCAGUAGUGUGGAAUGAUGCUCUUCAGACGUUCCAUGUCAAAAUAUGAAAUAUGGUCAUUCCAUGUUACAUAUCUCUCCUAAAGCGGACAUAACCACCAACACCCCUUUUACCCAGAUUUGCCCCCGCUUUCUUGUUAGGGGCCCUGGUUGAGAGCCCCGAGCCAGCACACCUGGGGUUCACAGCCCACAGCUCAGCUCUGAGAACAUGUCUUCACCUGCUUGCCAAGACCCUUCCCAACGAAGCAGCCUGUGUGCCUGACUUCUCUCAUCAAGGCUGUCACUCACUGAGACGCUGAAGAAUCUUCUGUUUUCUGCCUCCAACACAGUUCUCUUUUUAACCAGUCUGACCAGUGACUUUGAGAUAGCCUCGGGAGCUGCAUUGAGAGACGCCAUGCUCCGUUCACCAUUGUAGACAAACCUACACACCUCAGAGGAUCCCUUGCUUGAAAAUCCAGCUGCAAGCUUGACUCGGAGAUCUGCCCUCAUGUGAUUCUUGGUUCUUCUGGGGACCCUAAUCCCCAGACACUAUGCUCCAGGAAGGGAAGGCAACUCCAUUUUUGUUCUGUAUUUAUUUCCCCAUAUUUCCUGGGGUGCUUUUGCAAAAUGAGUACAAUAAAUAAGCUAGACUAUAAAAAGGUUAUAUGAUAAUCAAGUUUUUCAUGUUUUUUGCAAGAAGCACUUGAGUGUUAUAAGAAUUCUUUAUAGGAAAGCUAGGAAGAAAUAAUGCACGUCUGUUGUUCUCCAAAAGCUGAAACAGCUUGCAUCAAUGGUGGGAGUUAUUUUAUCCCUGAGAUGUAGUCUUGGUGGUUCUUUGUUCUGGGAAGGUCUGUACUUAACUGUGUCUCCUGGUGUGAUCACAGAAACUGUAGAUAAGAUGUUCCGGAAAUCCUGGGAUCUGACCUAUAAUGGGAUCUUCCAUAGUCACCCAAAGACAAAUUGGCAGCAUUCCUGAAGUGGGGGACAGCAGGAAAGAGAACAGAAGUUUCUCCUUCUGAGGGCUGUGUCAUACCCCCAGCUCAACUUGCAAAGCUGUGCCUGUUUCCACGGUUUUGCUGCUAGCUCCCAGAGACCCCUGGGGUAAGAGGACUUCUAGAAUACACACGUGAUGAUGUCACACUUUUGCUUUAAUGUGAAUAUUCAACUGACGACUUGUCAUCAUUGUAUGCUUCAAAGUGCCUUGUCCAGAAACUUCUGCAUGUUUUUAAGAAAUAUUUUUGUAUACAAUGGUAGAGGGAAAAUGCACUUUAAAAAAUCACAAGAAUGGAUGUUUGUGUGUGUGUGUGGUGGAAGAGAAUGGUUUCUUUGUAUCUGUCUCAAGAGCAAAAAUGUAAUAAAUACAGAAAAAAAAACUAAAA